AACGUAACGGAGUCGGCCGCAAGGCAUUUCAGUCAGUGCCAUAAAAAUAGAAGAAGAAGAAGAAGAAGAAGAAGAAGAAGAAGAAGAAGAAGAAGAACGUAAAGGAGUCUGAAACAAUUUAUUGAUAAUAAUGGCCGAUCAAGGAUCAUCUGGUGAGAAAACAUUUGCCGAAAAACAGGCGGAGAGAAUGCAACGUUUGAAGGAGCUGCACAACAAAAGGAAUGAAGCUAGAACUCAAAAUCACAAGGAAGUGGUUGAAGAAGACAAGAGAAUGAAACUACCAGCUAAUUGGGAAGCUCGGAAACGUCAGGCUGAGUGGAUUUUGAGUGAUGAGACUGCUAGAAAAGAAGCAGAAGAGAAAGGAUUGGACUAUGACCGACAAAAACUUCUUCACAUUGAUGCGAUAGAGGCAGCCAGACUUGAACGGAAGAAGAAAAGAAAGAAUCCAGAUUCAGGUUUUGCUGACUACGAGCAGGCGACGAUAAGACAGUAUAACCGUUUAGUAAAAGGAAUGAAGCCAAAUAUGGAGUCAUAUGAAACGGCCAAAGAGAAGCUUGGACCAGCAUUUUACGGAGAUAGGAACACGAUACUUCAAGGGCUACAUGAGGAUAAGAAGGAAGCUGUGGACAAGAUGGUGGAUGAUUUGGAAAAACAGAUUGCCAAGCGAGAGAAGUACAGUAGACGACGAACCCACAAUGACGACGCGGAUAUUGAUUAUAUCAACGAACGAAAUGCCAAAUUUAAUAAUAAAUUGGAGCGGUUUUAUGGUGAGCACACGAGAGAAACGAAGCUCAAUCUGGAGAGGGGCACAGCGAUAUAAUUUCUUCUGGGAAUUCGGUUUAAUUACUUACUCAACACUUAUGAUUUAUAUCUGUCGUUAAAUUUAAUAAUGAGUUUUUGUGGGCUCAUUUCGUUUGUCAUUGAUGGCAAUACAAUGUAGAAUGGAUAAGAAAAGAUGAUAAAGGUAAGAUUUUCCAAUUA